GAAGACGAAAUGAAGAAUUUGGUUUUGAAAGGACAAAUAGAUUUCGUAUCAGAACCUUGGCUUCGAAGAUCGGACGAUGCAAAAGACCUUGUUCGAAAGAUGUUACGAACUCGACCAUCUGAACGCUUGACCGCUAAACAAGUGCUGAGUCAUCCAUGGAUCUGCCAGAAUCAGUCCCCGGAUAAGGCUCUACUCCUUAGACUGAGAGAUGUUUCCGGCAGCGAAGCUAGGGCCGAACAUAUACGAAUGCGGAGACACCGGAGUCUGGAUACUUGA